UUCCGGUUCCAUGUGUUCUCGUGUAUUGGAACUUCAUCUUGGGGUUCAGAUCCUUUUACCGUAUUCCUUUUUGAUGACACUUCACAUUACUUUGAUAGGAGAUUGUAGAGUUGUCACUGUGUUAGUUCAAGGGUCCGUGUAAGCUUUAUUCUCUAUAUUUAUGAUAAAGUAUUUCACUAACGGUUGAGACUGAUUCGGUUUUCGUGUAUUGUGUGUCUAGACUGUCUAGAUUGCUGCUGCUCUUCAGCAUGCCAUGUACACGGAUAUUUAUGCACGAGGGGAAACAUAUAUUCAGCUCCUUCAUGAAGCAUAGGUCGUGUGUGCCUGUCACUGGUUACAUUUUCGAAAACUAUACAUCACUGCAUGAGAGACAGUUUCGUCUGUAUUGGAGACCCUUCCACAGCCAGAUUUCACUGAACACCGGUCUAACAUGGGGCGUAUCCAAAUUCCUGACCCCUUCACUCUGUUUAAGUAAUAGUGUUAGAGGAUAUGCAAAGAAGAAAAGUAAAAGCAAGGCUGACAGCCCCAGUGACAGUGAUAGUGACACUGACAGCGAUGAUGAUGAUGAUGAAGAUGAUAGUGAGGAUGAUGCUGACUACACUGGUGAUGGUGGAUCUGUGAUGAAACUCCAUGUCCGCUCUCUCCGAACUGACAGCAUUCUCAGCAAAGGAAUGAACACUGGACGCGAGAAAAUUGAUAAGAUGUUUCUUGCUAAUCGACUUCAGAGUAAAUGGCCAUGUGCUUCUGAAGAAAAGUAAACAGUUGGCAGAAGGAGACUAUGUGGACAUGAUUUUGCAGAAUUCAGAAGAUGAGACAAAAGUGAAGAGAUUGAAGGUGCUGAAGAUUCUGGGUGAAAAGACACGCACCGACAAACAUGUUGUUAAAGUUGAGGUGUGGAGGAAGGCAUUUGAUCCUACCAGUGACGAACAUUCCCAUUUAUAGAGGAAGGGAAGUGACAGAGGAUGAAUGGGUUUCUGAUGUAGUUUACAGUAGGGAGUAAAUGGACUCAUAGGUUUAUAUUGAGCUGAUAUUCCAGUUACAUCCAGGACUGACAGCUUAUAUAUUGGGCUGGCCGCUUGCAUCUAGGAUUUGUCACUUGCACUUACUGUGUAAGGUUUGACACCGCUUUUAGCAAUGUUCCAACAAUAUCAUGGUAGGGGACACCAUUAAUGGACUUACAAAUUUUACCUGUGUGGGGAAUCGAACCUGGGUCUUUGGUGAGUGAGUUGGGUUUUUACAUUAUUACACUGCUUUUAGCAAUAUUCCAACAAUAUCAUGGCGAGGGACACCAGAAAUUGGCUUUAUACAUUGUGCCCAUGUGGGGAAUCGAAUCCAGCCUUCGGCAUGACGACCGAACUUGCAUUUAGGACUGGCUGCUUGCAUGUUAUGCUGGCCACUUGCAUCCAGUGUGUGAAAUAGCUACUGGCCCACUACCUGUGGCUAGUAAGAAUCCAGUCGGGCCUGUAAAUCUCCACAGUCACUGGCCCCAGUGGCUAGUGAAUUUUCAUGAGUUCAUUUUUAUAUACAUCCCUCUCUCCGACUUGUGGAGUAAUAAUAUACUUUUAAAUCAUGCAAGAUUAUGGCCAAAUAUAUUUCGGGCUACUGAAUUGUUUUGUGGGCUAUAGCUUUCAGGCAUAGCUAGCCCGACUGGCUAACAAAAUUUGGAAACUAUUUCUUACACUGCUUGCAUCUAGGACUGAUCGUUUGCAUGUGCGACCUCAGAGGAACCAGUGUUGCCACACUGCCUCAGGUCUAGGGGAUCCAGUUUUAGAAUCAGGUCGAGUGAUUCCAUUUUGUGGGCAUUUUGAAAGCAUAUGCAAUUUGUCAGCAUACCUGCUUAUAGGUAGCAUUGUGCAUGUGUGUGUUAUAUAUAUGUCUGUCUGUUGUUGAGUACCAGGAUGUCUCACAUGUGAUUUGGGAGCUGUUGUUGCAGUGUAUCUUUACUACCAGUACUAAUCUGACGCACAUUAAAUCAUACAUUAUGGGCAUUUAAAUGUGAAUUUAUUGCAGUAUUAUGCAGGAAACUGAGAUUUUAUAUAUCUUAUAUAACCUUUAUUAAUAAAAAAAUAGUCAUUGUUUCUGCAGUUAAAAA